AUGAUUCCUCUCGUGUGCCCCCUUGGCGUUGCUUUACUUAUAAUGAUAGCACAUCACUCAGUGACAGCAACUAAACAAUAUUUCCGCACCCAUCCCACAAAUCUUCAAGUGCUCGAGGGAUCUGAAGCGCUGUUACGAUGCGAAAUCACAAAUCUAGCAGGCAGCGUUCAAUGGGUCAAAGAUGGCUUCGCAUUGGGGUUUUCGGAGAAAAUUCCGGGCUAUCCACGCUAUAGUAUGAUUGGCGAUCGUAACUAUGGUGUUUUCAAUUUACGUAUUCAUAACGCAUCGCUUGAGGAUGAUGCCGAAUUUCAAUGUCAAGUUGGACCAGCAAAAAAUUCCGAUCCCAUUCGAACGGCAGCUAAUUUAACUGUCAUAUCUCCACCAUCGUCCAUCGACAUUGAAGCCUCAUCCUAUGGCACAAUUAUUGCUAAACAAAAUAACAAAGUAGAUGUAAAAGAAAAUCAAGACUUGAUGUUGUCAUGCACAAUCGCAAACAGUAAGCCAGCGGCCGAAAUAAAAUGGUAUCGUGGGCAUGUUGAGAUGAAGGCAUCGGACAAUCGACACGACGUUGUCAUCCCAUUAGACAAUAAACGAUUCACUGUAUCGUCAAAUUUGACGAUAAAAGCAUCGGCCAAUGAUGAUCUCGUCGAUUAUACGUGCAGGGCGAAGCAUCAAGCUUUGUCACCAGAUCAUCCCAUGAAGUCAACAGUACAAGUAUCAGUAUUGAAACCGCCUGGUGAACCAUUUAUAGAAGGUUAUAGUAAAGGCGAACGUCUCCGAAGUGGCCAAGAAGUCGAACUUGUGUGUCGAUCUUAUGGUGGAAAUCCUCCAGCCCAACUUAUUUGGUACAAAAAUAACCGACAAGUUGUUAGUCAAUACACAACAUCGGGUCGUGAUUCAGCAAGCACGUAUCGUUUCAAAGUCCAAUCGGGUGACAACAAAGCUCGGUUGAGAUGUGAAGCAAGUAAUACAAUCUCAGAUAAAUCAUUAAAGAAGGAACUGGACUUAACUGUAUUGUUUCCACCCACACAAGUUACAAUAGCCGGUCCAACAGAAGCUCGACAAGGCGAAAUUGUCAAUUUUCAGUGCUCGAGUGCACCUUCAAACCCAGCUGCUGAGAUCCGAUGGACAAUUGAUGGUCGACAGAAAAGAACCAAUGGAUCAUCACAAAUUCCAAGCAACGAAGGUGGUUGGAUAACAACAUCGAAUAUUUCAAUCAGCGUUGAUUCGCACAAGCGUUCAUUUUCAUUGUUGUGUCAAGGAAUCAACAUGCAAUUGGCUGACAACGUAAUGACAACUCACAUGCUUCAUAUUCUAUAUCCACCGUCAAAACCAGUUAUUUCUGGUUACAUUGAAGGCUCCGUGAUUCCGGCUGGUUCCAGUCAAAAGCUUUUAUGCAUGUCUUCCGGUGGCAAUCCGCCAGCAUCUCUCAUUUGGUUUAAGAACGACAAGAAGAUUAAUUCUCAAACAAAAACGAUCAACAAUUCGGUUCAAUCGGAGUUGAAUAUCAUUGCCAAUAUCACCGACAAUCAGGCGAUUUAUCGAUGUGAAGCACAAAAUAGCGCAACUGACGUUCCAUUGUUGGAUUCCAAAAUCCUCAGCGUGCAUUUUUUGCCUGAAACUUUGAAAAUUCGUGUUGAGCCUAAGGCUUUGACCGCUGGUACAGAAGCCACUUUGUUCUGUGAUUCAAGUUCGAGCAACCCACCAGUCAGAUUAGGUUGGUAUAAGGAUGGAAUUCCAAUGAUGAGUGAGGGUGGAGUUACAAAUCAACCAGGAUUAUGGGGUGGUAAAAUCUCAUCGACCCAAGUAAAACUCAACAUCACACAGGACAUGAAUGGCGUAAAAAUCGCUUGUCAGGGAACAAACGAAGCUCUUCAACGUAGCAUUAAUGAAGCCAUUGAAUUGCAAGUUCUCUUUCCGCCAAAGUUCACGCCACCACCUUCGUCGACAGCCGUUGGUAUUGAAGAAGAGUCUUUGGUAAUUAGUCUCAUAGCAACGGGCAAUCCAAGUAAUAUCCAAUACACAUGGACAAAAGAAGGUUCACCGCUUGAGGAUCAUGACAACCAACGAAUCAUCAUCGAUGGUCCAACGUUGAAUUUCACUAAAUUGGCACGUGACGACAGUGGCCUGUAUACGUGCGAAGCACUGAAUUCCCAAGGCUCAGCUACCAUCAACAUUACAGUUGUCGUCGAAUGAAAUCCACUCAAUGAGAAUCACAUUCGAUGGGAACGUGUUGACUAUGAGAUGAGCUCAAAGACGAGAACAACAUUUGAAAAUGGCACGAGCUAUUUACAUAUUACAAAUGCUCAACGUGACGACAUUGGACACUUUCGUUGCAUCGCUGAUAAUCGUGUGGCAAAUCCCAUUAGUCGUGAUGUGCUAUUGAUAGUGAAAUUUGUUCCUGAAAUUGAUAAAUCACCAACGAUGCUUCGUGCAGCGAGUAAUAAAAAUGAGAAAGCUCGAAUGGUGUGUCGUGUUCAAGCUGCUCCAAAGCCAUCAUUUAUUUGGUCACGGGACGGUAGGAGUCUCAACAUUUCGAAAAGUAGUGGAAAAUAUUCAAUUGAGAGUCGACAAAUUGAUCCACUGACUUACGAAUCAGUGCUUAUGGUGGAAAAGGUUGAUGCAAACGACUACGGAUUAUAUGAAUGCAAAACAGAAAAUGAACGAGGAAAGAGUAUGGAAAAUAUUCGCCUCGAUGUCACGUCUAAGCCUGACACACCUUUGAACCUUAAUGUGCUUAACACAACUCACGAUUCCGUCACUUUGGCAUGGACGCCAGGAUUUGAUGGUGGUUUAAAGGCAAAAUACAGAAUCCGGUAUCGUGAAGCAUCAUCAAAUCGCUAUCUUUAUGCUGAUAGCUUACCAAACGCUCAUAAAUUGAUCAUCGAUGGAUUAAAAUCAAACACCGUUUACUUAUUUUCUAUCAUGGCAAAGAACAAUCUUGGCGAAAGUUCUUGGCGUCCCGAUUUAACAAAAGCACAAACUAAAACUGCACCGCAACCAUCCAUGUCGAUUCUAACGACGCAACAAACCGAGACGACGGGUAGUCCGUUUAUGAACACAACGAGAGGGCUCUUGAUGUUGAUUGGAAUUUCAUCAGGGACUGGAUUAGUUCUUAUCAAUAUAUUACUGAUAGCAUGCUGUCUCCACAAGAGACAUAAGAAGAACUUCAAAGGAGAAGACUUGGAAAUCGUACAUAAAGAGUUGAAAGACGAUGAAGCUCUAUCAAAGUUACUCGUAUUUGGCAUUGCCGUGAUUGGACUUGGACUAUUAAUUGCAAACACCGCACUUGUUGCAUGGUUCAUCAUUCGUAAACGAAUUAAAGAGCCCACCGGCGCUGCCAACAGCAAAUCGGCAGCCAUCGAGAUGUAUGCACCGAGUAGCUACAACGAUACGGUUACUGGCGAAACAUUAUCGUCCGUUUCGGAUAAAAGUGAUUCAUAUUCCAAUGAUGGCAGCCAGCCAGAUUUGACGGACGAGAAUCGAAAACAAACCGCAUCAUCAACAUAUGUGGUCGAAGAUUCUGACAUUCCACCACCACGUUAUCAAAAGGAUGGUCGACUGUCGCCGUACUACCAAACUAAUAAUUCAAACCAAAUGACGAUCCAUCCAAAGAAUUUGCAAAUGCAAAACCCAUCACAGAUGAGCUUCUUGCCAUCGUCCAAUUAUGAUGAUCAAUUCAUGAAUCAAAAGAAUUAUGUAAAAAUUCCGUCACCAGGGCCGCCCAUGGAUGGUUCAUAUUAUAGUGCAUGUGAUCGCUAUUUGUCAUAUCCACCGAUGGAUCAUCCGAUGGAUUACACAGUUGCAUCGUCAACACUGCCUCACAAUAUGUCCACAAAUUCCGAGAUGAAUCAUUUAAAUGCGUCUCGUAGCAACACACUAAACAGGAGAAACAGUAAUCUGAUGGCGAUGAAUCAUAACAUAAUUCCGCCACCAGACGUCACGCACACGACAAAAGCGAUGCCGUUAAUUGUGAGUAGUGGAGCGGGUUCGCUUUACAGCAAUAAGCCUAAUAAUCAUCCGCCGGGCAUCCUUAAAGAUCCAAAGAGAAACCAACAGAAUCAACUGAACAAUGUAAAUAAAGAUCUCCAAAUGCAGUCGAUAUUAAUGCCAAUGCCACCGUUAAUAAUGAACGAUGGUAGCAUAGCAAAUCCGCAUCACCUUAGUGCAGCACAACUCAUGAAUAAUUUCGAUGCAACGAACGCCAAUCUUGCGAAUUUUAAUCACCAAAUGGGCUUCCCCGGAGACGGACAUUUAGUGUAAGCCGUAUAGUCGAGUUUGUUCAGUAAAGUUCACUUACUUUAUUAAAUUUUUAAAGUUAAGUUUGAUUUUUCGUCAUUUUCUUUAUUAUCUAAUUCUGUUAGGUUUAAAUUUCUUCAUUAAUUAGAUUCACAAAACUGUGUACAACAAAACAGAAACAAACAAACAAACAAACUUUCAGGCACGAAAUCAUAAGAAAGUCAAAAAAAAAAAGAAACAAAAAGAGAAAUACUCAGAAAUAUUUUUACUAAUUAAUAAUCACAGCAAAAAGGACUGUUCAUGAUUUACGUCACAUUUCGUUUAAUGUUGUUUGUUUGUCAAGGAAGCAACGCUUGAAGCGUUUUAUAUUUCACCAUCAAAAUAAAUAAAAUUGUCAUGAGAUUUUUACGAUGUUACUUAUUUAGGUUUUUCGACAUAAAAUAACAACAAUGUUAGCAUGGCUUGAAAUUGAAAAUAAAAAGCGAUUUUAUUUUAAUGUAAUAAAUCGUUUUUAAAAUUCAAAUUUCAAAUUUAUGUGCAUGUUCCAACUCGUCAUACUUAUUGUCGUUCACUCUGAAUUUAUCAGACAUUUAAUCUUGUCCCUGAGAACAUCAAAAAAAUAAAGGAAAUGAUUUCAUUCUUUCACAAGAAUAUUUUGUUUAAAGUGACAUCACAUUCAAAUAAAUGACAAAUAAAGCUUCUUAAUUGAUGAUUGUUCUAAAAUGUUUUAUAAUUAUUAAUUACGUAUUGAUUAAAUCAUUGUUUAUAGUUGAAAUGAAACCUACAAGAGUUUUCCAUAGGGUUGUCUCGGAAACGCCCGAAAAAAAAGCUUCCCCCCUCCCCCUUUCCGAGUAAAAUUCAUUAUAAGAUGAGAGUUUUAAGACGAGAAAAUUUAAAUGAAAAUGUUUAAUUAAUUAUCUAAAUGAAAGUACGAAUGAAAAUGCUAUUAAAAUUUACUAUUAAACUAUUUACAAAUUUAAUAUAAAUAAAACAAGAACAUCUUUAAAGCUCCAUUGAUCUUCAUUUUAAAUUAAAGCCAAGAUUUGAAAAUUCUCAUAAAUAACGAAAAGAAAAAGAAAAAAAAUGUCAAAAAAUGUUAAUGAAAAGUUUUACUAAAAUUAUAUUUAAAUCGCCCGACCGAUACAAAAGACGGAUAAUUAAAGCAGUUAUUUAAAUUUCUUUCUUGUGUAUAAGUGAGAGUCAAACGCAGUAAAAAGAGAAAUAAAAUUAAUUAUGAAACCAAGAUGGACAUGUGUUCGCUUGCGUUUGAGCUUAUCGCCCACGCGCAUCAUCAUACUGUCCAUUAAAGACUCACAAAAAAAUAAAUAAAUUAAAAAAAUGUGUACAUAUUACAAUUAACUCAUUAUGUAACUGAAGAUUUAAUUUAAUGAAGAUACAUUAUUAAACUUUGUAUUAAAAAGAAUUUUUUUCGCUGUAAAUAUUCUCCGAUAAAACAAUGACGAGGGAAAAUGAAGAAAACAACAACAAACAAUAAUUAAAAAAUAAAAAAAAUGAAACAUAAAAAAGUUCUUCCGCUUUCUUUUUUCUUUUGUUUCUAGUUUUUUUUUUCUUUCUCGACCAUUAAGAGUCUGAUGAGGAAUCAGAAGAAAUGGCCUUUAAUUACAUCCG